ACACACACCAUGAACCCAACUUCUUCCAACCACCCCACUUGCCGCGGUCGGAACUUUAAUUCAAUUUUUUUUUUAUUUUUUUUUUCUCUCUCUUUUCCACCUUGGCAAAGCAACAAACCUUUCACUUAUUGUUCAGCAUUAAGACUAUCUUUUUUUUUUUUAAAUUUCGACCGUACGAAUUAAAAAAGAAAAAACUUUCUCCCUUCUUACUCACUGAAACAAAAGAUAAAUUAACAUGGCCGCCGCUGCACGUUCUGCUGAAGUUCAAGAAUUAUGUCAAACUAUUGAUUAUUCUGUCAAACAUCCUCUUCAAAACACUUGGACUUUAUGGUUCGAUAACCCAGGAAAGAAGGCCAGUGCUCAAUCAUGGGCUGACAACUUGAAGGAGAUUAUUAACAUUGAUACUGUUGAGGAUUUCUGGAGUGCUUUCAACAACAUUGCCAAGGUCAACCAUCUUGGCCCUAGCUCCAACUACCACCUUUUCAAGCAAGGUAUUCGUCCUGAAUGGGAGGACGAGUCUAAUGCUGAAGGAGGAAAGUUUGGUAUUCAAUUCCCUAAGAACAAGGCUGGUGAGGCUAUUAACGACUAUUGGAUGUAUCUCCUUUUGGCUGUCAUUGGUGAACAAUUGGCUUCUGAUGAAGAGAUUUGUGGUGCUGUUAUUUCUGUUCGUAAGUCUUUCUACAGAAUUGCCUUGUGGGUAAAGACUUCUGAUGAUGAGGAAAAGAUUGAAAAGAUCAGUCAACAACUCAGAGAAGUGCUUAACCUUGCCGAGGAUAUUCCUAUCGAAUUCACUGCUCAUGGUGAAUCUCCUGCCAAGGUCGCUGCUGCUUUGGCUGCUGCCUCUCUUGAAGAGAACGCUGCCACUGAGGCUGAAACCGAGACUGAGGUCAAGUCUGAAGAGGAAGUUACCAAGACUGAAGCUUAAACAUUGCCCCCCCUUCCCGACACACACGCACACCCUCCUGCUUUUUUUUUCAAAUACAUUGAUAUAAAAUAAAAGAUAAAAAAAAAAAGAUUAAAGUUAUGAUAGAUUUUCAACAAAUA